AGGUCGGCGCCGGAAGAGAGAGCCAUAGAGUCUAGGAGCGUGAAGGGUGCGGCCUCUAUGUAUCUAUAUAUAUAAAUAUAGCGGGAGAAGCGACCCUCCGCCGCUGCUUCCGCUUCCGGGUCGCUCCCCUCCCAGUCCCCCCCCCGUUCCUUCCUUCCUUCCUUCCUUCUUGGCGUCCCUUCUCCUUUGCUUCCUUGGUUCUCCUUCCCCGGCCAUGGCUCCUCGGCUGCAGCUGGAGAAGGCGGCGUGGCGCUGGGCGGAGAGCGUGCCUCCGGAGGCCGUGGCGCAGGAGCACGUCGAGGCCGCCUACCGGGUGGGACUGGAGCCCUGCCAGCGAGGAGCCUGCAGGAGGAACUGCCGGGGGAACCCCAACUGCCUGGUCGGCAUCGGCGAACACGUCUGGCUGGGCGAGAUCGACGAAAACACCUUCCACAAUAUCGACGACCCCAACUGCGAGCGGCGGAAGAAGAAUGCAUUUGUGGGCCUCACAAACCUGGGCGCCACCUGCUACGUCAACACUUUCCUCCAGAUGUGGUUCUUGAACCUGGAGCUCCGGCAGGCGCUCUACUUGUGUCCGAUCGCGCGCCCCGAACUCAUGACAGAGGAAGGCACCUCAGAGGGCAAAGUGGACUAUGAGCCCCAGACCAUUUGUGAGCACCUCCAGUUCUUGUUUGCAUUGCUGCAGAACAGCCGCAGGCGUUACAUCGAUCCAUCCGGCUUCGUCAAAGCGCUGGGUUUGGACACAGGUCAGCAACAGGAUGCCCAGGAGUUUUCCAAGCUGUUCAUGUCGCUGUUGGAGGACACCCUUUCCUCUCAGAAAAACCCCGACGUGCGAGAUAUUGUUCAGAAGCAGUUUUGCGGGGAGUAUGCCUACGUCACUGUUUGCAACCAGUGCGGCAGAGAGUCCAAACUUAUAUCAAAAUUCUACGAACUCGAGUUAAAUAUUCAAGGCCACAAGCAGCUGUCAGACUGCAUCACAGAGUUCCUCAAGGAAGAAAAGCUGGAAGGCGACAACCGCUACUUCUGCGAAACCUGCCAGAGCAAACAGAAUGCCACCAGGCGGAUCCGGCUCCUGAGUCUUCCAUGCACCCUCAACCUCCAGCUCAUGCGCUUUGUGUUUGAUAGGCAAACAGGCCACAAGAAAAAGCUGAAUGCUUACAUCGAGUUCUCUGAGCUGUUGGACAUGGAGCCCUUCAUGGAGGACAAAGCCCAUGAUUUUGUCUACGAACUGAGUGCCGUCCUGAUCCACCGAGGCGUGAGCGCAUACUCCGGCCACUACAUCGCUCAUGUGAGGGAUCCGCAGACAGGAGAAUGGUACCGCUUCAACGACGAGGAAAUUGAAAAGAUGGAAGGCAAGAAGCUCCAGCUGGGAGCAGAGGAAGACCUAGAGCCUUCUAAGUCUCAGGCCCGAAAGCCCAAGAGCGGGAAGGGGGUCUACCGCUCUCGAAAUGGCUACAUGUUGGUGUACAGGCUGCAGUCGCAGGCAAAAUCACUGACUGUGGAAAUCCCAGCUUUCCUGCAAGGACUGGUGGAGCGGGAUAACACCAGGUUUGAGGAAUGGUGCAACGAAAUGGCUGAGAUGCGCAAGCAGAGCGUGGCCCGGGGCAAGAGCAAACACGAGGAGGUGAAGGAGCUCUACCAGAAGUUGCCCGCUAAAGCUGGAUGCCCCUAUGACUUUGUGUCUCUGGAGUGGCUGCAGCAGUGGCUGGAUGAGUCCACACUCCCCAAGCCUAUUGACAACACGGCCUGCCUGUGUUCCCAUGGGAAGCUGCACCCGGACAAGAUCCCCAUCGUCAAGAGGAUCUCCGAGUCGGUGGCUGACUACUUCUACAAGCGUUACGGAGGGGGCCCUCGGCUGACAGGGAAAGCACUCUGCAAGGACUGCGUAGUGGAGAGGUGUCGGGUCUUGCGGCUGAAGAACCAACUCAACGAGGACUACAAAACUGUCUCAAACUUGCUCAAAGUCACCACCAAGGGAGAUGAUGGCUUUUGGGUGGGGAAGUCGUCCCUGCGCAGUUGGCGUCAGCUAGCCCUGGAGCAGCUGGAUGACCCAGAAGAGGAUGGAGACCAAAGCAACGGCAAAAUGAACGGCGAUACCAAGAGCAGAGAUGAAUCCAGCACAGAAAAGCGAGAGGAAGAAGACCUGAAGUUCAAUGAGGACAUUGUUUGUCCCCAUGGCAACCUGUGCAUAUCCGAGAACGAACGGCGGGUCGUCUCCAGAGAAACCUGGGACAAACUCCAGCGGUAUUUUCGAAGUGCCCCAGAGUUCCCAAGCAGCAGAGAUUCCUGUUCCCAAUGCAAGAUUCUGGAACGGGAAGGAGAAGAGAACGAAGCACUCCACAAAAUGAUGGCCAGCGAACAGAAAGCGUAUCUCCCAAACCUCUUCCAAGACAAAAACCGUCCGUGCCUCAGCAUCUGGCCAGAGGAGGUGGGGGAGCUCUACAUCGUCUCAAAGUUCUUUGUAGAAGAAUGGAGAAAAUUUGUAAGGAGGCCGACGCGGUGCAGUCCCGUCUCAUCCAUAGGGAACCGGGAGCUCCUUUGUCCCCACGGCGGCCUGAUGUUCACCUUCGCUUCCAUGACCAAAGAAGAUUCUAAACUUAUAGCUCUGAUAUGGCCCACCGAAUGGGAAAAGAUCCAAAAGCUCUUCGUGGUGGAUCACGCCAUCCGGGUGAUCAGGAGGCGGCCGGCCGGGGCGACCCUAGAGACCCCCCUCUACAUUACGGAGCCCGAGCUGUGCUUGGACUGCCGAGAAGGGCUGUUGUGCCAGCAGCAACGGGACCUCCGGGAGUACGCCCAGGCCACCAUCUACGUCCGCAAAGUGGUGGACAACAAAAAGGUCAUGAAGGAUGCGGCCCCAGAGCUCAACAUGAGCAGUUCGGAGGCAGAAGAAGAGAAAGAGGAGACCCGGCUAGAAGGGGAGCAGGACCCAGAUUUCAACCAGGCUAACAGCAAUGCAAAACGGCAGAAGGUGAACCCCCCAAAUUAUGCCGUCUACCAAAGGCCGGGGAUCCGGCGGAGCACGCGGCACAGGAAGGUGCGGGGUGAGAAAGCACUCCUUGUCUCGGCAAACCAGACCCUGAAAGAUCUGAAAAUCCAGAUCAUGCACGCCUUCUCCGUCGCUCCGUUCGACCAGAACUUGUCGAUCGAUGGGACAAUCCUCACCGAUGACUCUGCCACCCUCGGCAGCCUCGGAGUCACACCGGAGUCCGUGGUUUUGUUAAAGGCCGACGAACCAAUUGUGGAUUAUGCAGCAAUAGAUGACGUUAUGCAAGUCUGUAUGCCUGAAGAAGGAUUUAAAGGGACCGGUCUCCUCGGACACUAGCGUUUUGGGGGGUAGAAAACUACCAUUGGGGCCGCAGCAGAAGUAACCAAGAUGCAGGGAGAUGAGUUGGAGAAUCCCGUUGGCCAUUCCCGGGUGGGUGGACCUCUGAGAAAGACCAGCUGCUGGACGCUUCCCGGUGGUGGGACUCGGUUUCCGAAAGGCCACCCGAUGCCUUGCGGCUGAGCUGGUUGCACUGCAGAGGACUCCUAAGGGAAGAGAUCCUGACUCCUGACCCAGUAUGACGACAAAUGUGGGACAUUUCUACAUAGCUGCCAGGAACUGACCAUCCGCCUUGGAACUUGGAGCAAGAGGGAAGAAGAAAAAGAGGUGUGCCUUGCCCCGAUUCUUCCUUGGCUUCCAGUCUCACAAGACCCUCUUCUAAAACUGCUAUCAGUGCUUCUUCAGCAGAGUUUGGGGAACCUUGGAAAGGGUCUCUUUCUGGCAUAUCAGGAUCUAGUUGGUUCCCACAGUUUGAAACACCUUUCUUUUCUGAUGCUUUGUAGAUGUUCUCCUCUUCUUACCUUCCUCCUCCUCCAUCUCCCCCUAAACCUGGACUGAAAGCCAAGGUUAAGCCUUGCAGUAGCCGUCUGUCAGUGGCACCCAUGAAAGCUGAAUGGGCGAGUGGGAAAAUGGAAGAGGAAGGAGAAGAUGGCACUUAAUCCAUUAUCGGAAUGGUAUCCACCCACCUACCCUUUUUCAUAGGCUUUACCUAUGAAAACGUACAUCACACCCAUAAAAAUAUGAUGCUCAACUUUCUCUGCUGAACAGGUUGGCUCUGUUAGUGGUAAGGACUUUUCCCUGGUGGGCAGAACUGUGGGGACUCUGUGGGUCGGCUUGUCCCAUGUGGGUCAAAGCAAGAGCAUCAGUUGUGGAAUCUUGUUCUGGUUCUCUCUGUUUUGUCUUGAACUGGGGCGUAGUUGGGGUCAAUGGGGUGGCCAUGUGUCCAUCGCGUGUGCCCCCCCUCCUGGGUGGUUUGCAGGUGGGGAUGGGACAGGAUCUAUGCACCAGAUUUCCUUUAGACCUUUGGGACCUUUAACAUCGGGGUGGGCAUCCGUCGUCAUUGCAGAAAAGGCGGGAUGCGCCACUAGGUCGUUGGCAUUAUUUUUAAAGGGUUUUUUUCUAGCAAAAGUAUGAAUUUCUCACAUGUCUUGUUAUAAUUGCAGUUUGUUAUUGGAGGUAAGUUUGGGAAGGGGCCUAGCUGGGUCUGUAGAGUUUGAAGGGGAGGCGCAGGGAGAGAGUCUGAGGUUAUUCCUGUGCCCCCUUUGUUUGUUGACGGGGAAAUGGGGGGCUUGGAUCGGUGAUUUCUUUUCUUUUUAGAAGAGGUGGAAGGUGGAGCCGGCCCUUUGGAUUUCUUUCUUUCCCAAGGUAAAGAGUGCAGUCCUUAAGUGCGCAUGGCCUUUGUGAGUGCUCCGCGAAGCAGCCUCUCAUUCUCUUCUUCUUCUUCUUUGGGAAAUAAGAAAAAGGCCCAGGAGCGGCUUUAAAUUGUCGAAGAGGAAGCAGUCAUGCAUGGGCCUCUCGCCCCCGGGAUUCUGACGUUUUUGGUUUUCUCCCUUUGCUUCUCGCCCUGGGUUUCAUGCUCCUUCCUUGAGGAAAGGUUUGGCAUGAUUCACAGGGCGGCAGGGCCAUCCGCCAUCCUGGCUAUGUGGGCACAUAUGUAUGGAGGGGAAGGGAGGCGGGCGGGCGGGGGGCACAAUGGGCUACCAACGCAGCCGUUUUGGUUGCCCUGAAAGGGCUGCGGGCUGCUGUCUCCUCAGGGCUUGUUGCCAAUGCCUUCCCUCUGUACUUCCGAAAUGUUUUGGAUGAAUUUUCAAGAACCCUUAUUAAAGUGUGUAUACGUGGUCAGUCUAA